AUUAACCAAAACCUAAAAGACAUCCUUGACCUUUCGAUGAAGAUUUUAAAAAUAUCUCCAAAUUUCUCUUAUUUACAGCUUUCAGAUUGCAUUUUAAUUUAAUGAUGGAAGAGGUUCGGAAAAAGAUUAAGGCAGCCUCAGAAGCACUGUCAAGUUUGCGAACCUCUUCUGCUUCUAAAAUAGAAAAGCUUUUGAACGAAGCUUUGAACGCCGCUGAAGAUGACAAACCUCUGCCUGAAGAGCAAGAAGCGAUUCCUGAAAAAAGGGCAAAGUACGACGAAGAUGUAGAUAAUAUGGAGGUUUCCAUUCUGGAAACAGACUUAGAUACUUUAUCGACUUCCAAGAAGUUUCAUGGAUCUACAGAUAUAUUAGAUGGCUCUUCAGUCGUGAAUUUAUUUAGGAUACUUGACGACCAAUAUUAUGAAUGCCCCCUGUGUAAAGAUGAGAGAACAUUGGCAACAGAUAUCGAGGGUCUAUUAAAUCAUGUGUUUGGAUGUCAUGCCAUCAACAAACAAAAUCAGGUAAUAAAAUGCUGUUAUUGCAGCAAAAUAUACGGGCUGCAAUCGAAGAAAUAUAGGGAUUCUGAGUCAAUGGCUAAAGCUCACUGUUUUCUAAACAUGGUAGAUCAUCUUAUUAACAUACAUGAUAUUGAACAACCGUUAUUCAUUUACACAUAUAAGUGCUCUGAAUGUAAUGUAAAAUGUUUUCUACCUGACCUAUGGAGGAAUCAUGAACUCUUCAAGCACGAUCGCUUAUCCCGUUUGAUUAAUAUCCUAGAGGAGGGUGGAUAUCAUGUCAUAGAAGCUAAAGAAUCAACUGAUACAUUGACAAAAUAUCAAGAGGAUAUUUAUGAGGAUCAGGAAACAGCUUUUCUAUUGAAAUCUACGAAAUAUUGCUGCUUUUUAUGCAAAAAUUUAUGUAGCACUCGACAAGACUUUCUCUCUCAUUUCAGCAAAGAACAUUUUGACAAAGACGUGAUUAUGUGCAAUCUUUGUGAAUUUUCUUCGAGCAUUUCGGAUUCUAAACAAAUCAUUAAUUGCCUAAUAAGUCUUCUUCAUCACAGAAAGGAUUCACACAAUCUCUCCUAUCCUGAUUAUGUUAAUCUCGUUAAAUGUAAAUUUUGUGCGUUUUCAGCUCCUAAGAAAGAGCUUGUGGAUGAACAUUGUAAGAUGGAUUGUACCCAAAAGCCCGAAAAUCAAGGAGGGGUUGUUCCUAUAAUUGAUCAUGUAAAGUACAGAAAAUCAGACUUAAUCGAUGAUUCUGGAAUACUCUAUUGCUUCUUAUGUAAUCCAAUAAGUGAGCCAAAGCGAACAACCGAACAGUUUAGUGAUUUAAAUGGUUUAAUUGAUCAUAUAUCAAUAACUCAUCUAACUUGCGAUCGAGACAAAAAAAGGAAAAGAACUUCCAUUGCAUGUCCUAAAUGCCCAAAAGGCUUCCCUUUGAUUCUUAGUUUACUAAAGAGCAGGGCAAUUCAACACGCAGCUUUGCAGUGCUUACAUCAUAUGGCUAAAAGUCCCGGACAUUCGGCAUUUGUGCCAAAUUUUCUUGUACAAUUUCAUUGUUCUUUGUGCUCAUAUACGACUGUAUCACACGAAUAUGCUAGAUAUCACAUAGGUACCCAUGAAAAGAAUGGAGAAUUUUAUGAAAGAGAAGCCAAGGAAGAAAAAGACAAUCAUGACAACAUAAUAAAUAGAUACCGACUCGAUGUAUUAGCCAAUUUUGGUCCCUUCAAUUGUUUAUUUUGUGAGAAAAUUUUAGACUCAUUACAGUCGUUAGCGGAACAUGUUUUACAAACUCAUGUUGUUAAGAAGAACUUUGGUAAAACGAAUUCUUACUUAAAAUGCACAUCUUGCGAAUUUGCGUCACCUCUCUUAAAAUCCUACAAAAAUUAUCAUACUAUAUCAGUUAAGAUUGCAUUAGAAGGAAUUUUAGAACAUGAAGUUACAAAACAUUAUCAACCACUUCCAAAUUGGGGACAAAUAUACUUUUGCGAUGAAUGCAGCACGAAAUUUUAUCGAAGAGCUGCAUUUUUCAGCCAUCUUAAUAACGCACAUGCAGUUAAAGUAAAGUUAGUAAGUUUAGUUAAGGAGGAAGGGAAAUCUGCUGUUGUAACACCCGUAUUCGAAAAUGAUAAAAAGUCUAAUAAUGUGAAACCGAAAUUGAACCACACAUAUCAUAAAAGCAACGAAAAGAAAUCGUUUCGAGAAGAUUUAGAAUGCUAUCCCUGUUUUAUAUGCAGCAACUCGGAUAGUUUUGAAUCUUUGGCAGAACUUCUGGAACAUGUGCGGUCAAAGCAUUGCAAUACUGGAAAUGAUGAUGCGAUAUUACUCUGUCAUAUUUGCAAACGUAAUUUUCGAUCUUCUAAACGUCUUUCUGCAAGAAGAUCUGUUGAAACUAUAUACAAUUCCCUCAUAGAGCAUUAUGUAACAAAGCAUCAAUAUGAAGCUCCUAAUUAUUUAAUAUGGUUAUCCUGUGAAAAGUGCGAGUUUCGAACAUCGUCUCUCAGACAAUUAAAAGCUCAUGAAAAAGAUCACGAAGACGAAUUUCGAUGUGCCGACUGUUCAAAAAAAUUUGAAAAUUUAGAAGAUUUUCGAGAACACACAGAGAAGGAAAACCACAAUUCAAAAAUGUGUCCCUAUUGUUCGAAAACGUUUUCAACGGUAGCCUUUCGCAUGGCGCAUGUACAAAAUCAACAUGAAAAGAAACGAAACUUUAAAUGCGAUGAUUGCACGGCAACCUUCUUUAACAAAGUUGAUUACGAACAGCAUUGCUUCGCCAAACAUAAGAAGCAAGUAUCUGAUAAACCCAUUUACAAUUGUGAAUCUUGUCAAUAUCAAACCAUUCAAAAAUAUUUGAUGAUGAAAAUAAUUUAUAAUACCCUGCAAUAG